CUUGAAAAGCCGAACAAAAAGUCAGUUUUAGAAGGUUUUUUUAGUGUUUUAUUGCGGAAAAAGAGCGAAAUGGCCUCUAUGUCUGACAGCGAUGACUCCCUGCUAUCUGAUGAGGAGGGAGAAGACAUCACAAGGGAAGAUGAAGAUGAYGACGACGAAGAUCUUGAUGAUGAAGAUGAGGAUGAUUAUGAUGACGAGGAGGAGGAAGUAGAGGUCAAGCGUAGAAAACAUAGACCUAAUUCUGGGUUUGUCCUUGAAGAGGCAGAUGUUGAUGACGAUUAUGAAGAUGACGAGGAGGCAGAGAAAGGAUACCAUGACCUCAUUGAAACAGGUGACCAUGACGAACCAGAAGCUGCUGACUUGUCSGUAAGUUGAAUGCUCACCUUUUGAGAUUG